AUGGCCUUGCCGAAGCGAAUAAUAAAAGAGACGGAACGCCUCAUGGCUGAACCUGUUCCCGGAAUCAGUGCCAUCCCUCAUGAGGACAACUUGCGUUAUUUUGACGUCGAAAUCCAUGGGCCUGCGCAGUCGCCCUACGAAGGUGGUAUCUUCAAGCUGGAACUGUUCCUACCCGAAGACUAUCCCAUGACGCCUCCCAAGAUUCGCUUCCUCACAAAAAUCUUCCACCCCAACGUCGACAAGCUCGGUCGCAUCUGUCUCGAUGUUCUGAAGAGUAGGAACUUUACCUUGUUUAUCCCAACAUUUUCAAUCGAGGCUGACUUUUCUCUUUUCCAAGAUAACUGGUCCCCAGCCCUACAAAUCAGAACAAUUUUACUGUCCAUCCAAGCCCUCCUCGGUGCCCCCAAUCCCGAUGAUCCUCUAGCCGCUGACGUCGCAAAAAGCUGGAAGGACGACGAACAAGCCGCCAUUGCCACGGCAAAAGAAUGGACUGCCAAGUACGCCAAGUCUUGA